ACAGGUCUUUAAUUUCAGCUCAAGCUGAUGUCGUCCACACGUAUUCACUCACGCACCAGCUCUACCUUUUGCUAGUGAAUUAACACAGCAACUGAAACUGCCAGUAUUCACAAACAGGUUAUGUCCCGGAGAUACAAUUAACCCAUAUCUCCGGACCAGUGAGAGUACUAUCUGUGCCUGAAGCUUCUGGGUCUUCGAGAUGGAGGAGCCUGAGAGUCCUCAUUCAUCCACUUCGCGGAGAAACAAGAGAGCUUGUACUGAGUGCCGCCAGCAGAAGGCCCGGUGCGAUGCCUUCAAGAAACAGCCCUGUAGUCGAUGUGAGAAACUCGAGUUACGAUGCGUCAUGUCAGAAGGAUUUCGCAGGGAACACAAACGGCAGAAGUACGAGGAGCUGGAGAAAGAAACCGACAAGCUAAGAAAGCAGCUGUCCGCACAAGCAUCGACCAGUCUACGCCACCAAAUCCAGGAAAUCCCUGCAAUGAUGUUACCCAAUCCCGCGGACGGUGGCUCCAGGCGUCUCGGAGCGGUACCAGGCCUGGGGGAUGACGAUAAUAGCCUUGGAUAUGCUACCUAUGCAGCGGCCAACGGCUCGCAGUUUUUGCUUUCCGACGCUGGCCCUGAUGUGCUUCCUCAUCUUGCCGCUGCCACGCUGGAUAACUCUGCCGGCCAUAGUUCAAAGCUCGCUGACUUGGUACCGGGGUCUAUGUAUAAGAACACUGUUACUGGACAGGCUAGACUACAGCCUCUGCAGCCCCCUGUCGGGAUGGGCCCGGUGGUGUCAACCAAGAAGCAUCUUGCUCUGGCUGGGGUUGACCCGAACCGUACGUUGCCUCGUACUAUUUCAGGCGUGAGCUUGAGCGGAGAUGAAGUGGAUGAGAUAUUCGAUCUUUUCUACCGCCAGUAUGCACAUUUCAUACCGGUGCUGGACACAAAAAGAACACCGAACCACACAUACGAACAAUCAGACUUCCUAUUCUGGGCUAUAAUCGGAACUGGCUCGAGAACAUGCGCUAAGAACCCGACUAUCUUCCCUGCCCUUGCCAAGCCUAUCAUAGACCUGGCCUUUCGUUCACCCUUGUCAGACUGUGGACCAUGGAAUAUCGUACAGGGCCUACUUAUCGUUCUGAACUGGCCGUUUCCCAAGGACGAUAAUGGAAUUGACGUUAUAUUCCCCUUGGCUGGGCUGCUUUUGCACGUGGCCAUGCAGUAUGGUAUGCACAAUCCAGUCUCUUGCCACGAGUUUUACAAGACAAGGCAUCAGCUUCCAUCGGCGGUUGACAUUACCCAUCGUUCGGAACUAUGGGCAUACACCAUAAUAACAUAUCAGCGUGCAUGCCUGAUGAAAGGACAGCCCCCUCGCUCUCUACCAGACCUCACCCAAGACAUUAGCCAACGCAAGGUCCUAUACCAGAACAUGUCUCCCCACGUUCGGAUCCGCCUAAAGGCCCAGGAAAUCGUCACGCAAUGCGGUACAGCCGUAAACGAAUACGGAGUUCUUAAUCUAGCUGCAGCAGAAGAGCGCGGACUCGAUCUUCUUCUGAAGGCGUACGAACAGCGUGUUUGUGAUCUGCACAUUGAUGCACCGACGUCAAUGGUCCGGUUUGACGUCCUCGUGGCUAGUCUUAGCGUCCAGGGAAUGCACUUCUUGAAAAACAUUACGCUAUACGCCGACAACUGUCUAAGAAAACUCCAGACCGCGGCCUGUGCGGUAAUCGACGCCAUCCAAAUAAUGGCUCACGAGCUCGAGUCUCUAGCCGUUUGCCCCUCUCAAGUCUGGUUUGGCCUCCUCCUCGCUGGCUCGAUUCUGCUUCGCAUGAUUAAGGGUCACGAUACCGACAUCGUGGACUUUGGGAAAGCGAGGGAGUACUUCAUGAAGUCGUUGAACUUGACGAAACUCAUGAUCGUAUCCAACAGCGACAUGCCAACGAGGAUAGUUAGCUGUUUAAGCCAGCUAUACAACAGCAACAAGGCCUUUCGAAAACCGGAUGGGAGUAUUAUGGUUGGGCUAAGGAUUCGCAGUCGGCUUGCUCUGGAUCCGAUUAUCGAUACGAUGUGGUGGUGGAAGGAGGAAUAUGAGCCGGCCAUGGCCAUCCCCGAGGAAAGCAGCGAAACUGUUUCCGCUGGCAUUGAGUCUGUGGACCUCUACAAUGACCAGUUCUGGACAGACCUUGAGUGGGCACUUAACAUCCCUGAUUAGCGGAUACUAUCCCGACUCCAACCGCGCGCUAUGCUAUGGCUACAGAUUAUUUGCGAUUGGGGAUUUUUGACUAUCUUUGUCGAUAUCCGUUGGUGUUGGGGUUGGUGCCAUCAUCUUCGGUUUGCGAAUCUGUUCUAAUUUUAGGACGAAUGUUCGAUUUCCUGCUUUUGAGGGUUGGGUCUUUGGCUAAUUUG